AAAGAAGUUAGUAAUCGAAUCUUUAUGGCAGAGACAAAGAGCCUCUUCCUCUUGCGUUAAGACUUGAGAGCCUUAAAAAUCAGACAUCAAAGAUUCCCUUCCAUGGCGUCCAUUUUUAGACCUUCAGUUUCACUUAAUCUACGACCAGAGGUUACUUAUUUGAAUCUCUCUACGAAAGAGAGGUUUGAGUUUCAGAAGAAGAGUGUGACGAAACAAAGACUCAGUCUUAGGUUUUGUAGCUUGAAAGCUAAUAAAGCACAAGGAUCAUCAGUUGAAGGGAUUAGUGCUGUAGAAGAGAAAGAGCUUACCAACAAAACAGAUUAUGGAGUUGUUGGGGUUCACCACGUUGGUUUGCUCUGCGAGAACUUAGAACGUUCACUUGAGUUUUACCAAAACAUUCUAGGUCUUGAGAUCAACGAGGCAAGACCACACGAUAAGCUUCCAUAUAGAGGAGCUUGGUUAUGGGUGGGUUCAGAGAUGAUUCAUCUUAUGGAACUUCCAAAUCCAGAUCCAUUAACAGGUAGACCUGAGCACGGAGGCCGGGAUCGACAUGCUUGUAUCGCAAUCCGUGAUGUUUCAAAUCUGAAGGAGAUUUUGGACAAAGCUGGGAUUGAAUAUACAAUGAGUAAGUCAGGGAGACCAGCAAUAUUUACUCGUGAUCCAGAUGCAAAUGCUCUUGAGUUCACUCAAAUUUGAGUUGUGAGUCUUCUCUUGCGUAUAAGUUGUAGAUACUCUUCAUGUUCCAGUCUUACCACCAAAUCACGUGUGGAUCAGUUUUAUUAAGUUUGUAUUAUGUAUUUAUGUUACAUACCCAUUAGGUCCACUGUGAAUGGAAUUGAGAAAAGCAAACCAAAUCUUUGUUGAAUUA